UAAUAUAAGGUAUGUUAUUUGCUUGAAAAUAUUAUUUUAAGUUCUAGAUUUGUUUAAUUUUAAUAAUUAUCCAUUUGUUGUUUCGAAGUAAUCACACAUUUAGAGCCUUGAUCCUAUAUUGCAAGGCAAAUUACUUGUACCCAUGAGAUCGUUAGGUAUCCUAUUAAAAUAAUCUCGUUUGAGCCUCUAUUAGUACCUAACGUAUCUCUUGUGCGACAAAGCCUCCCAUUUCCGUCAAAUACCACAAAGGGCCUUUUCGGCCUACUAAUACGAAAACGAUUGGACAGCACUUGUCAAGAAAAUCUUUGUUGAUUAAACAGGUGAUAAGGGAAUCGUCAAUCCGCAAACUACAUUGUUAGUUGCCAUCAGUGCUAGAAACAGAAAGAGAAUGUCUGACCUGGAUUUAGACGAGGAUGUCCAGGAUGCGAGGGACCUUUUGACAGAAUAUUUUGAGAGUGAAAACCCGAGACGAUUCAAGUUUGAAAAGGUUAUCGGGGUUGGAGCCAACGGUGUAGCAUGGCGACUCAUAUAUAAGCCGAGGACUCCCGGCGGGGGGCCAGGCAGGUCACAGCGCCUUGUCAUGAAGAUGGACCGUGCCCAUGCGAGUGGUGGCCUAGGGGAGGACGGAGGCGCCGGUCAAAUUUCAAAUGAGGGCAUGUAUCUUUCGAUCUUACAGUGGGCUAAGCACAUCGUAAAACUCAUACAACCACCAAAUGACCCUCUUAGUCGACAAUUUGAGGGCAUCCAGCCCCAUGGAAUCAGGCAGGGGGAAUGGAUCUACAUCGAGUGGCUAGAAAAUGGAACGAUUGGCUCGUUUCUCGAUAGAGCUUAUGAGAAAGAUCGACAGCUCCCGAAUAGGAUGUUAUGGAGCUUCUUCUUGUGCUUGAUCCGUAUAGGAAUCGCCUUGGCAUGGCCACCGGCCGGGCCUGGGAAUGACGGCGAGCCGCAAACGGAAACUAUCGGACCAGGGCCAGGUAGGAGAAUAGUGCACGACGAUUUGCAUGACGAGAAUGUCAUGUUUGGACCUUUCGAACCAGACAGUGAUGGUGAACACGACUUGACUCCAAUCAUAAAGGCGAUCGACUUUGGAACUGCGAAAGAAUUUCCGGCUGACCGCAGUGAUUUUUCGCACAAGGGAGAGCCUGAUAACGUCUUUGAUUUCGGAGUGCUCAUGUCCGGGAUGGCAACACUUGACCGCAGCAGCGCACUCGGCCUUAUGCCGAGAACAGCAGGAGCGGACUACUAUUAUCCGGGAGGCGGUGAGAUGCGAAUCCUGGUCGCAGCGACAUUUAUGAUUCCAGAUAGAGACCCAAACAAUACUCUGGAUCCCGAGUUGCGCUAUUUGAUAAUGUCUUGCACCGCAGUCAGACCUGAGGACAGACCAUCACUGGCAGACUUGGAGGACCGAGUUUCGCACGUGCUCGAGGAGCGAGACGAGGACUGGUACAUAUUGCGCAACAUGAAUGCCAGGGAUGAAAGCGACGAUAAUAUUGACGAUAUUCUUCAAGAGUUACUAUUGGAUGCUUGAAAGGUGAUACUUCUCAUAUGUAUACCAGGUCGUAAUACACUACUCAAGCAAGAUGUAUAGUAAUUAUUCAAUCCUAACCUUCUAACCUAGUUACAACCCUUUCAUUACUAUUUUUUGAGAGCAAACAUAGAACACCGCGCCAACCAAGUUAUGACAUAAUAACAAUGUGCUCUCUCUUCCUCAUGUAAAAGUCAUCAGUCCACUUUGCAAUGUGAGACACAACAUCUGCUUGGGUCUUCUUAAUAUCUGGGUUUACCGCAUUUUGAACACGGAGGUCGUUACAGUGACGCGAGCCGGGGAUCAAAAUACUGGGAACAUUUGGCGUGGAAGCUAAGGGGCCUCUAGGCCUAAACUCACUGGCGACAGAAGCUGACCUCCAUGGAUCAAACUCACCGUUCACCCAGAGGAGCCGGGACUCGGCGUCCAAGUAUUCAGGUAGCUGCCAGCCUUUGGUAUGGGCAUUUAUGUCUGACGCUGUCUUGCCCAAGGCACUCCCAUACGUGAACUCACCCUCCUCGGGAAAAAAUAACUCGCACUGACGCUGCCAGUAGUCUGCGUUGGCGAGACGUGAGAAUACAGUAGGGCGGUUUACUGGUGCACCACUGGU